AUGGCCGAAUUCAAGAACCCCGCUACUACCACUCUUUUCGAGUUGGUCAAGGCUCGCCGCACUUACUACGAUCUCAAGGGCGAGAGCCCCGUCUCCGACGAUGUCAUUGAGCGUAUUGUUCAGGACUCCGUCCUCCACGUUCCCAGCUCCUUCAAUACCCAGACCUCCCGUGUUGUCCUACUGCUGAAGGAGGAGCACCAGAAGGUGUGGGAUAUUGCCAUUAAGAUUAUGGAGGGUCUGGUCGCUGCUGGCCACGUCUCUCAGGAGAUGUUCGAUAACUCCACCAAGCCCAAGCUGAAUGCUUUCCGCGCUGCUUACGGGACCGUCCUUUUCUUCGUCGACUAUGAGUCGCUCGCUGGUAUCAAGGAGAAGUUCGCCAUCUACGCCGACAAGUUCGAUCCCUUCGCCCUGGAGUCCAAUGCUAUGUCUCAGUUCCUUGUCUGGACUGCCCUUGAGUCUGAAGGCUUCGGUGCCAACCUCCAGCACUACAGCCCCCUGAUCGAUGAGCAGGUUGCCAAGACCUGGGGUAUCCCCGCCUCAUGGAAGUUGGACGCCCAGCUGGUCUUUGGUGUUCCCAACUCUGAGCCCACAGAGAAGGCCUUCGCUCCUAUUGAGGAUCGCUUCAAGGUCUUCGGCAAAUAA